GGGAAACCAAGGUUGUCGAGGUCUGUUGUGGGGAUAGCAGGUGGAAGGUUGCUGUUGGUUGCAGGGUCCUGUGGAGCAGAAGAGCUGUGCCAUUCCCCCUUUUGUCCUCUCAUGCCCCCCCCCUGUGUGUUCCCCUGUGUGUUAGUGACCCCACACCCCCACCCACCCCAUACCUGAUCCCUUCUGUCGUGUUGCCACCCCAGCCCGAAGCCCCCCUCUCACCCCAUGCUUGGGACAAAGCCAACUCACUGCCAGCCCAAUGACUGCCUGGAUCGUCCUGCCUGUCAGCCUGUCUGCCUUCUCCAUCACAGGAAUAUGGAUAGUGUAUGCCAUGGCUGUGAUGAAUCACCACGUGUGUCCUGUGGAGAACUGGUCUUACAAUGUAACGUGCACAGAGGAACUGCCCCGACCAGGUUUCCCCAAGACAUGCUGCACCAUCCAGGACAUCCCCCUCAUCAGUAAAUGUGGCUCGUACCCCCCUGAAAGCUGCCUGUUCAGUCUGAUCGGCAACGUUGGAGCCUUCAUGGUGGUGAUGGUGUGCUUUCUGCGCUACGCACAGGUGAUCGAACACAGCCACAGAUGUUGGGUCAACACGAGCGCUCUGGUGUCUGGUUGCACCAACGCCAUCGGUCUGGUCAUGGUAGGAAACUUCCAGGUCGAUCACGCCAAAUCUCUUCACUACGUGGGUGCCGGCGUUGCAUUUCCAGCAGGGCUGCUGUUUGUGUGCCUGCAGUGUGUGCUCACCUACCGGGUGGCCGUGACCACCCUCGACUACUGGAUGGCACACUUCCGGGUGGCUCUGGCACUCGGAGCCAUGGUCUCCCUGGUCCUUAGCGGCAUCUUCUUCAUCCACGAGAGUUUCAUCCUGCAGCACGCUGCAGCCAUCUGCGAGUGGGUCUUCACCGUGGACAUCCUGGUCUUCUACGGCACCUUCACCUACGAGUUCGGCACAGUCACCAGCGAGACCUUGAUGGCGGGCCUGCAGCAGAGCCACCACGGCUCAGGGGUCAUCCUGGGCCCCAGGUCCCGGGGCUCGACAAUGGGCGGCGCGACCAAGGGCCUCAAGUCCCCCGGGGGAAGCAGCACAUCCACACAUCUCAACUGUACCCCAGAGAGCAUAGCCAUGUUGUAGCUCUGCCCCGCAGCCCAAAGGUCUGCAGUGUGUCUGCAGAGGUGCUUCAUGGGCUCCCACAGGAAGGCAAGACGAGAGAGGCAGCAUGUGGAGGAAGAGAGCAAGUUCUGAUAUGUUUAACUAUUGAACCAACACCAGGUAUUUCCAUCAGUAAUGCUGUUUUUAUCCCCAGUGCCAGUGUGAGCUACUGCAGUUACAUUUUGCGCAGUGAUGUUGAAAGAAGGGUUGAAUGUGUGGAGCCAGUCUGAGAACUGGAGCCAUGAAUGUUUUUCAAGGUGGCUGUUGAUAUCCACGGGUGUUGCCUGAAUGGGGAUGAUUUUUUUUUUAAAAUAACAGCAUCACUGGUGGAAAGAUAUGGUUCAUAAACCAACAUCUUUAUUUUUUCUCCUCUCAAGACUCCUAUCUAAUGCUUCGCGCGGCCCACCUGUUUUUUGGCCUUUUGCUUAUCUCUGCACGGCACACUUUUUGAAUGAGAGAACAACUUACGUUCAAUUUUUAUUUUCCAUUUAUGUAGUUGGUAGAAAAUACUGAAUGUUUGAGAAGUGAACAGUUGUCGUAUAUUUUACAGGCUGUACGUAUGCAGCCUCUUUAAUCAAUCAAAUCCAACUUGUCUGGAAAUUACUGGCAAAAAUCAUUAAUUUCACCGGCCAAUUUUAUUCAGUCUAAUGCAAAUGAUGGUAUUUUUAAAUUAUUUGAUAAAUAACUGUGUGUGUGUGUGUGUGUGUGUGUGUGUGUGUGUGUGUGUGUGUGUGUGUGUGUGUGUGUGUGUGUGUGUGUGUGUGUGUGUGUGUGUGUGUGUGUGUGUGUGUGUGUGUGUGUGUGUGUGUGUGUGUGUGUGUGUGUGUGUGUGAAUACCAAGCCACUGUCAUUGUCAAAAUAAUAAUUCACGCGAGCAUGGAUGGAGGAAAACUGACCCAAUCACAUUUAGCUGUAAAUCAAGUCGUCUCCCUUGCUGUCAUUCCAUUACCGUCCCACACGUUGCUUGAGCCGACAAUUUCCUUGUAACAUUUCUAUUUCACUCCACCUUUUAUUUCUCUGAUGUCAUGUCAGAUGCAAUAAUUGCCAUCGAUCAUCUGAUGAUUUACACUCCACUGGAGUAAAUAAUGCCUUUUUCAGUGUGUCUGAGACAUUUAAAGUGACCUACAUCUUCAGUAAAAACAAGUAGGAGUUUGAAGGUAAACGCCAACAUUUACAGAAUAACUUGUCACACGCUGAUCUGAUUCCAGGCUGGACCCUCGGAAGCCUUAUUUGAGUUUAAACAAUGGAUUUUCUGUUAAAUAUCAAGUGUUGGGAAACCUUCUCAGUACUUACAAUGGAAGCACUCUACAGUGUUACAACCACACAGAUGUGUUUUGCCUUUUUUUUAUUAAUUUUUUUUUUGUAUGAUUUCGCCAUUUCCUCUUAGCUUUACUGUUGUGAAUUAGCUCAACACCAGACUGCCGCAGACUACAGCUGACUAAUGCCGCCCAGUUUAGGUUACAUUCAGAUUAAGCAGGUUAAGUCAGCGAGGUAUGUUUCAAUACACAAAGUAUCCUGCCCUCUGUUUGGUGUUACUACAUUUUAGUCUGAAACACUGGAUGCCAGCAAUACACAUGUCGUAAAGGUCACGUCGCCUACCUCUUUUAUCUUUCUUGGGUUUAAUGUUGUUGAAAGCAACACGAUUUCCAUCUCACACUGGUUUGAAGUAUUCAAUGUGGUGGUGAACUCCACACGUUUCUGACAGGACAAUGGAUGUGAUGUUACUCAAGCAAAACCAUGUGUAAGUUUUCUUUCUGUGCAAAUGAUUUAACUUCCCAUUCUUUGUGGGACUGCAGCAGUUUUCUUGCCAAAAAAAAAAAAAAGACUGGAGUUUUGAUUGGUUUUCUGGGUGUCAGCAGUAGGAGUAUGAAUUGGUAUGAGAGCACUGUUUUAGCCUUAUCCUUUGUACUGUGCCAGGAGAAGUUGUUUAGAUUUUUGGUUUGAUUGUGUGUUCUGCUGUAGCCUUUUUCCACCAUACUGUAACCAAGUCACGUGAUGUGACUCCAAAUGGCAGCUUGUAUGAGCCCUUACAUCAUGGUUGGGUUUAUUCUGUUACACCAUCUACUCUUUACCAUAACACCAUCUUUCACAAGCCAAAUAUUAUGUUUAAAGGUGGAUUUUAUAACCAUUAUAACUGUUAUGUUUUCUUUUUGCUUUUUUUGUUGUUUUUUUUCUGUCACAGUGUGCACUUCAGUAAGCUGUCAAAUGGUUUGUUUGUUUGUGGGAGAACCCUGUAUUACAAAAGGCUGCCUGACCUGUACAUGUCUUGAACUCAAGCAACACAGAAACAUAUGUCUGGUCCAACUUCCUUGGAAUUUGGAAAAACAUGUAUAAGAGCGAUGACAAAGGACGCCCGAGAAAUCCCUGAAAACAAGUUGACUCCAAAUGGGUUUUGUUUCCUUUUAUAAAUUCUGUAAAUAUGUAUGAUUUGUCUAUCAUUUAGGUAUUUUCAUUUGACAGAGAUUUAUAUUCAAAUAUUAAAUAAAAAUGAUAAAUUAUUA